UGCUGGGCCGGGUCCCGCUGCCGCCUCCCGCCCCGGGCAGGUCGGACGGGGCGCAGCCACUUCCUCGUAUCCCGCAUCCCGCCCCGCAGCGCCGAGCAGCUGCCGGUGCCGCUCCAUGUCGUACCGGGAGCUGCUGAGGCGCUGGCACCGCGCGGUGCUGCUGGCGGAUGGAGGGGACUGGGACGGGGCGCUGGAGACGUUGUGCGGCAUCGAGGAGCCGCCGGGCAGGAUCUGCUUCAACGUGGGCUGCGUGCACCUGCGGGCCGGGCGGCUGCGGGACGCGAUGCGGGCAUUUGAUCAGACAGUCACAAAGGACAACUCCCUCGCUGUCGGCUACUUCCAGAGAGGGUUUGUUUGCCUGCAGUUGGAAAUGUAUGAAGAAGCUCUGUCUGACUAUCAAAUGGCCUUCAGUCAUCUACGGAAAAACCCCUUCAUCGAUUACAAGCAGCUGGGGCUGAGGCACAUUCUCUAUGCAUGGGAGGUGCUGUACAGCACUGCUGCCGUGCAGUGCCGGCUGCAGCAGUGGCAGGAGGCCAAAGACACCCUAGAGAAAGCCAUCGUGUGGAGACCCGAAGGAAGAUCAGCAACGCUGGCCCUGGCCCUUGAGCGAGUGCAGAAUCAUCUAUUUUUAGAGCCUAUGCAGGUUCCCCCGGGGGAAUUUUUCAGACCACGAAAGAAGGAAGUUGAACAGCUGGAUUCAAAGGAUUUCCUGGGUAAACCCAAGGUGAUCUCCUCCAUCAUUCCUAAUGAUGAGUACAUUGGCUUUGAACCUCUCAGGCCACAGAAACAGGGCUUUUAUGAACCCAGUGCUGAUGCUGUGAGAGACCGUGAAUCCGGCUACUAUCGAGUUUUGUCCCAUUAUUACCCGGAGGGUGCAGAGAAGUUGGCAGUGAAAGCCAGCAGCCUGGUUUUUGUGCUGGCAAGAGGAGCAGAUGGCUGGGCUACAGCCAUCCAUGAUGGGCAGAAGCUGCACAUACCGACCUCUCUCCUGGAGCCUGCCCCAAAGGUGGAUAAAUGGAAGAUCAGUGAUGGGAUUCCUCUCCCUCCUGCCCAGUUGCCUCCCAGCCGGCUCCAUGUGAAGCAGAUCCCAGAAUCUCCUGGGGAAGAAAAUGUUUCUGCGAAUGAUUCUGGAUCCCAGGUGGAUUUGGAGGUCCCCGUCACCCACAGAGAAGCUCCAUCCAGCACGGACAGACCAGCUGUGCUGCGAGUGCGUUGUGAGUGCUCGGUGCUGGUGAGGGCAGGCGAGGUGCCGUCAGUGCCGGCGCUGCGGGCGCUGCUCCGGGAGAGUUUUGGCCAGCAGGCAGAGCGUGGGAGGCUGAGCUACAGGCAUUUGGAUGGCAAAGAACUGGGUGCAGUUUCAGGAGAGGAAGAUCUAGGGAAGAUGUGGCAGCAGCUGACAGAUGGCAGGAUCACACUCUGCUGCCAGGACUCGGACUCCCACUCAGGCAGACCCAUCCUCUACCGGAUGCUGGCCCAGCACUCAUACCCUGCACAGGGACCAGGAGACCUGGAGUUCAGCAAGGGGGAUGUGCUGGAUAUUCUCUCUGAAGUGAACGAGGACUGGCUUGAAGGACACUGCAAUGGCAAGACCGGCAUCUUCCCUAAAUGCUUUGCAACCCAGACCAGUUGUGCUGCCUUCCCAUAGGGAACAGCAGCCUUCUGCCUGACUGCAUGAGGAGCCCACUGCCAUCAGUCCCAUCUGCCUUUGGUUCUUUUCUCGAGCCCUUAGACAGUCCUGCCUGGACUUUCCUACUUCUUGCUGUGUGGAUGGGGGUCUUGCAGCAAAGAGAGGCAGCUGUGGAGACACUCCUGCUCACACCAGCCUGGGGCUCUGGCAGAGGCUUGGAGGGUCAGUGCAGAGGACAGGCUGGGCAUUGCAGUGCUGGCCUGGUGGCUGGAGCUGGAAGCACUGAAAGGGACUGUCUGGUUCCUGCAGCUGAGCUGUGCUGGGCUCUGCUGAUGUAGAUAAAACACUCAAGUGCCUGGAGCUGGAGCCUGCUAUGGAUUUAGUGUCUGUCAAAGCUGGAGUAUAUAACUUGAAUAUAAAAUAAACACUGAGCCAAGUUGGCAGCUCUUAAA